GGCUUCCUGCCUCCUUCCUAGGUGCCAGGUCGCCCAAGCAUGGCCACCCAGAUGUUCGAGGGGAGAGGGCACGCGGCCGUCUACCAGAAAUACAGGUUUGCGCCAGGCAAAGAGCUGCAGCAAACCAUCCUCACCUACCUGCAGGAAAAGAGAGUAAACCCUGCUGAGCUGGUGGUGGAUGUUGGCUGUGGGUCUGGACAAGGCACCCGCUUCCUCGCAGAGCACUUCAAGAAGGUGGUGGGAACAGAUAUCAGCGAAGCGCAGAUCCAGGAGGCCAGAGAUGCGCCCUCCCCGCCGGGUGUCUCCUACCUUGUGUGUCCUGCAGAGGAGCUGCCCUUUGAGGAUGCCUCAGUGGACCUCCUGACGUCCUUCACAGCCGCGCACUGGUUUGAUACCGAGAAGUUCAUGCGAGAAGCAAACCGGGUGAUGAAGCCGGGGGGCUGCGUGGCCAUCAGCACCUACACUCUGGACAUGAGCCUGCGCUACGGAAACUGCUCUGAAAAGCUGACCAAAGCCUUCAGAGAGUCCUGGGACCUGCUUUUUAAAUACUCACAUGAGAGAGUAAAACAUGUCUUGGAAGACUACAAAACCAUCUUUGAGGCCUUGCCGUUUCCAGACAAGAAGAGAAUCACUGAUAUCUUUGACAAAAUUCCCAUGACCGUUGCUGGUGUGGUUGGUUACCUGGAGUCUGUCUCUCCAUAUCAAGCCUUUAUGAAGAGUGAUCCUGAAGCUGCCAAAUCCCUCCUCCAAGAGACCGAAAAGAGGAUGCUGGAGAUCAUGGGAGUUUCUUCUCGUGAAACCCCAGUGGAGUUCUGGGUGAGGCACGUCUGCGUGCUGGGGUGCAAGGGACGGUGAGAGGAAAACCCUUCUCCUGGGCUGGUGCUGGAAGGGAAGGAGAAAGUGGGUUAUGUCCUAAUACCCCACUUGUAACCACUGUUAUUCCUUGGGGAAAAUUAAUGCUGAUUUUUGGUGAUUAAAACUUUGAUCGUCUGUGGAAAGCAGAUGGGGGGUUUAUGCCUGCUCUUGGGUUCCUGUCCAUGGUGGUCCCCUGGUCUGCUCAGUGCUGUGCCCUCGGUGCUGGAAGGGUUCAGUUUCAGCCUGAUGGUGGUUGGAUUGCACGUGAGGAUAAGAAUCACAGUAACAGCUGAGAAACUUGCUGCAUUUCUUACACAAUUAAUAAUAAUUAAAAAAAAAAAAGCUGGGAAAAAAAUGCUUGUGGUUCCUCUUAAGACAGGCUCUAGGGCACCUGGUGGGAUGGGAAUAACUGCAUUUCAUGAACACUGCUCACCUAGGCCCUGAGUUUCAUGAACUCAAACCUUGUGCUUCAUGGUUUUGGUUAAAAACUUCUGGUUAAAGGUUUUUGCCCCUCUCUCUGCCCAGGCUAAACUGGGAGCUGUGUGCUCUCUGAUUGCCAAGGUGGAAAGGGGUUGUUCUUGCCCACAUCUCGCCCCAUCCCUGGUGCUUUGCUGGCUGGCAGAGGUGUACCAGCAGCUUAUCUACCACAGGUUUGCCCAGUGCUGGGCCAGCACUGCUCCUUUGGCCCUAACAAGGUUAGUUCCCCCCAGGCACAGCUCAGGAGCCUUCUUGGGAUCGCUGCUGCAGGGGGAGCAGGUUCGUGCUGGUUAAUUGCUGGUUUUUGGGGUGGGGCAGGUAGAGGUGAAGGGUUUCAAAGCCGGGUGUAGGCCAGCACAAGUCCCCUCCUGUUUGCUUUCUGCAGAUUUUUAACUCCAGGUGCAGCCUCUGCAGGGACCUUUUCCCGUAAUUCCUACCUUUGGCAAGAAGGCUGACCUGAUGCCCUGGGGAAGGACGUGGCCUCACUGUUACACCUUGGUGCAUCAUUAAGGAAGACCUAAGCAAUGCCUGUGCAACCUCCCAUAGAGAGAGCACUUGGAGCGAGGUUUAUAGCAGCUGGAGAUGCUUCAGCUGUGGUCCUGGGCUCUUGGGUACCAUGGGUGCAGAGACAGCCUCCUUGACCUAGCAGAGCUGAUUCACCCUGGGCAUAUCUCCAUGGGGGUCACUAAAUGCUGGCUCAGCCUGCCUAAGGUGGGGAGCAAAGGCUCCCACCUUGCUUGGUGGCUCCCAGGAGGGUGGUGGAGUUCCAGGAGGACAGCAAUGGGGAAGAAAGCCCAGUGUUGAUCCUAGGUUGGUCUCUGUGUCCAUGGCUGUGUGAUGGAGAAGACCUCGUUGAGUGGUGACGGUGGAUCAAGCCGUGCAGGUUGCUGGUGAAAGAGCUGCACAGGGUCCAUGUAGUGGUUGUGUGAGCAGCAUCUGUAAAAAAACCUCCCUUGCUGGGUGAGGACAGAGCUGGUGGCUUGUCAUCUCCUGAAGGAGCACUAGAGGUCUCUCCAUGCCUGGCACUGCAUCAGGUGACACAGCUGGGUGCUACUGGGGCCCUGUGAAGGGGAAGCCCCACCUCAGCUGGUAGGGUUUGUCCUGGCGAGGUGCAUCCCCACGGUGGUGCCCGGGGGAGGGAGAUGUCCCCAGGGAGAGGACAUCCGUGCCAGCAGAAGGGCUCUGUGGGGAAAAGUGCUUGUCUGUUUUAUUUUCUUACUUUCAGUUUAAAAGUUUACUUAAAUCUGCUUACUAAUUAACUUUGCAAUUAAUGGCCCUUCCUUCCCUGGUGUUGGCAGGAUGCUCGGUGCAUCCCCUGGGAUGAUGCCAUGGGUGACUGGCUGUGGUGUAACGCUGGGGAUUGCAUCACCAACGUGUUUGGGCAGGCAGCAUGGCACGGACCAGCCUGGCAUGGCCGUGGCCCAUGCGGCUUGCACAUACUGAGAGGUGGUGAAGGGUUCUGGGGAUGGUCUGGUGACAGCAGCCAAGCGUGGACCAUCUGAUUUCCCUGCCACAGCAUCAUUGGGCCAUGGGCAGGGUUCCUGCACGUCACCUGGGGUUUUUAGAGAAUCAUAGAAUUGUCAAGGUUGGAAGGGACCUUUCAGAUCGAGUCCAACCGUCAACCAAACACUGACAAACACUAAACCAUAUUGCUAAGCACCACGUCUGCAUGUCUGUUAAAUACCUCCAGAGAUGGUGGAGGGCAUCUUCUUCCAAUGGUUGAACAACCCUUUCAGUGAACAAGUUUUUCCUAAUAUCCAACCUAAACCUCCCCUGGCAUAACUUGCGACCAUUUUGUCCUGUCCCAUCACCUGUUCCUUGAGAGAAGAGACCAACCCCCACCUCUCUACACCCUCCAUUCAGGGAGCUGU